CCCACUUCUUGCAAUGUUUUGAAUCAGCAGCAGCUGGACAGGAUGAUGUCGUUUUGCGUUUUUAGAAUUAAACGAUUUUAGUUACUCUUCAAUGGCUUGUCAAAUAACAGAAAUAGCGCAGGUAACUGCCAUUUCCAGUGUUAAAGCGAAGUUGACGCUCAACGAGUUUGAAGCUCGAGAGGAGCCAAUAGAUGACUUUGAUCCUGACAACUGGAGCUGGGAAGAAACGUCCCCAGGUAGUAGCUCUGCUGCUUCGGCGGUAUCUGCCUCCAGAGAGUCCUCGCAGUGGCUCCAGAAAAGCAUAGUUUCACUUUCACCAUCUGGAAAAAUUUUAGUGCUUGCCCACGGCAAACAACUUGUUGUUUUAAAUGCAUUUUUAAGCUCCAGGGAACAGACCAGAGAGCCAGUGACAGAAUACAACGUGACUUCACAUGGCAAUAUUUGCCAGCCUGGAGAGGAAAUUACAGCAGUGCUUUGCUUGCCUUUGAUUUCACAGCUAAACCGGUCGAGUAUUGGAACAGAGUGGACAUGCAUUGCUGUCGGUUUUUCCAGUGGAUUUGUUCGCUUUUACACUGAGGACAGGAAACUACUUGCAGAGCAAGAAUUUGAAAAAGAGCCGGUUUUGUACUUGAAAUGCCAGUCAUUUAAAAGAGCCGCGCAUUCAUCAGCCCAAGAACAACCUGAGGAGCUCUAUGUUGUUUAUAGUGGAUCAGUAGUCACUUUACCUGGUUUUAGUUUGUUUCAAACUCUGAGGGGUUGCAGAAAUCAAUUAGCUAGAGUCGAGGGAAAUGGAAGUGGCUCUGUUGAAGCCCCACCGUUGGUCCACACAAAAUGGGGCUUUGCUGAGCAGGAUCAGGUCAACGAUUGCCAGGUGAUUGGACUUCCUCCAGUCAACACCUAUGACCACUUGCUCACGGCCUCGCUGUAUGGUGGCUUUGAAGCGACAGCAAAAUCCAGUGCUCCAGCUCACGAUCUGGUUAUUGCGAUCGGAAGGAAGCCUUACAUUGGUUAUCACUACACAAUUAAAGGAGCAACUCAGCCUUUGAUAGUUGGAGUGGCCAAAGCAGUUAGCAACGCUUUCAAUUCUACUCAAGGAUUUCUGUCUUUAAAGAGCUACUUUACAGGCUCUAAACCAGCCCCAGAAAAGAAACCCCCCAAAACAAUUGAACCAGCAGAGCCCAUGAGUUGCAGAUUUGGACUGUGUGAUCUCUGGCGUCAAGGGGAAGCUAUCAUCAUUUCCCCAAACAAAAUGUUAAGCGUAGUCUGUGAUAGCCUCGGAAGAGUCAUUUUACUAGAUAAUUCCUCAGGAGUGGUUGUUAGAAUGUGGAAAGGAUACAGAGAGGCGCAAUGUGGCUGGAUUGAAGUUCGAGAUCCUGCUAUAAAACUGUCCUCCAGCUCAGGAUCAAAGUCUAAAAGCAGGCCACGAACUGCUCUUUUCCUUGUGAUAUACUUGCCUAAAAAAGGCAUAAUUGAGAUCUGGGCGAUGCAGAAUGGUCCUAAAGUUGCUUCCAUCGUUGUUUCCAAGGAAGGUCGUCUAAUUUACACCAACUACGGUCACGUUGGGGUGAAUAAUGUUCCAGUCAAAGGCAGUAGCCAUAGCCUUUUCCCCUGUGUGUACUUGCACCCUGAUGGAGCUAUCAGCAAUAUCACUGUUCCCUUCCACUUUGCUCUCAGCGCUCAGAACAACAAACAAGCCAAAGACAUCCACUUGCUGAAGAAAUUGAGGUCAAUUUUGAAGGCAUGCAAACAUGAAGAAGAGGAAGAGUAUGUCGAAGCUGCAGUGCUCGACAUAGCAAACUUGAUCAAAGAUCUGUCUUGUUGCGAGGCAGCUUUACAGGCGAUGGAUGUGCUUCUGGCAAGCAAGCACACCAAAUCGUAUUUUAUUCUGGCUGCUGUUGACGUUAUUUUGGGAGAGCCUGAAACUGGUUCCACGGAGGAAAACGAACACAACUACAAAACGUUGAAGCACACUUGUAGACAGCUGCAAAAAUUGAUCCAGUUCUUCAAUUUUCUCCAAGAACAGAACAAAAACCCUCCACCUUACGAUUCAGUUGUGUCUUCUGAUGGUGUAACUGUGAAUGCACUCUCUGCUGACCUUCUGACAAGCGAGCGAGAGAUGGAUACUCUCUUCACCUUAGUAAAUGAGGUCUGUGAACAAAGCUCUGGUCUCGGCUCAGGAGGAAGAGUCACCUUCCAGAAUGACGAAAGCUCCAUUUUGAUGGAGUUCCUGUCGUGCUUCGACCUUGGCAAUUUUAGCUCGGCUGAUCAAAGAUGCAUCGUCCUGCGGAAAGAUGUACCAGACGAAACCGUGAAGCGGAUAGCCAUGACCGUGUUCCAAGACUGGUUGCACGGUGACAACUCCACGUCCGAGUGGAUGAACCAGGCGGACGCUAGUGGAAUUCACGCCCAGAGCUUGCUUCUGUUGGCACUACACUUUUGGCUGCAAGUGCAGCACAAAUCGUCCCCAAACAUCUCGCUUUCAACCGUUCUGGCUUCAGACAUGCUCCAGCUGAAUGCACUACUAAACAACAUUAGUACCCUGGCUGGCGAGGGAGAGAUCACGAUCGAUACAAAUGAGCUGUCACCUUGGUGGGAAGAACCUAGGCGAAUUCUUUUCUCGGCAACUCAGCCAUUGAAAGCGCUCACUGCGUCCUAUGUCUGUAGAGGAGUUAAUCUAAAAAUGGAAAUGAAACUAGGAACAAAGGCGGAAACUAAGAGCACUUCAAGUGAGGCACCCAUGGACAUCAGUGGAGAGGAAGCUAGCACAGCUGAUUGGGAGGAGCUCUCCAUGGACACUGUGCAGUGGAAUGUGCUUUUGCGGCAGCUCGAGGAUCUUGCCGUCCUGGACUUUGUGCUGCAGCAGAAGAUCAAAGUCAUGGUCAAUCCACUGCCGCGCACCCUUAAGUGGAAGCACACGUCGGUGUCUCUGCAGCUCGUCAUGGACAAAGGAAAAGGGUCAAUCUCUGAGUAUGUAGCGUACUGGAUCGGCACCACUGGGCUCCACCCAAAAAUGCUGGUUGAAUAUGAUAAAAAGCUGCAAGAAGAAGUGGUGAGCCCGGACAAAAGAGAGCCUGAAGCUGCUGAAGAGGCAGCUGCUGUUGAUCCUAAGGCCUUGCAAGUUUUAGAGAAUAUUCAAAGACUGAGGAAACACUUCCCCGUGAGUCUGCAGUGCAAUCCUUUGCUUGCCUGUUUGUUCUGGGAAUUCAUUCAAGACCGAGCUCAACUGAUCACAACUCCAGAAGUUGCCUCAGCCGCUAUUGUUGUCCUCCACGCCAUCCCCUCUUUAGCUUUGCGCCAAGGAAUGUGCAGCCUUCUAUGGUCUCUGUAUUUAAAACAAGACUUGGAGAAAAUUUCCAAGUUCUUCAACAAAAAGACACUGCCAAGUCUGGAAAAUAUUGGAUACUAUCCCCGCCACGUUUUUGAAGAUAUCGGCCAUUCAGAUGCCAAACUGACGUCUUACCUCUACUUCUGUGUUCAAUUUUUGGAUACUUAUUUUGAGGCUGCGGAAGAUGAGAGCGGGACUGCAAAGAAAGCAACUAAUCUGUCAGAAUCAAUCUGGACAAAUGCAAAUGCGAGUCCAUCUCUGAGCGAAAUCGCUCUUAGCAAGCCUAAAGUUAAUUUUGGUCUGCUGGAGCUGCAUUUGCAGCUGGUCACUGUCCUCUACAUGGUGGUUUCAUUUGACAUGAAAAUGCCAAGCCUGGUUUCUAGUUUGUUUGAUAGCGCUGGACAAGCUGCAUUCUUCCUUGAACUUCACGCCAACCCACGACUGCCAAGCCACAACCCCAGCACCAAGUUGAGCAACACAAGGACUCACUUUUUGUUGAAGGUCAUUUCACUGUCCAUGCAAAACGUCGUUCUUAUUGAGACUGACAACUUCAGUGAAGCGGAGGUGUCAGGACCGAGAGUUGAUGCGACUAAUGCUGCGAUUUGGAUGGGCAAAUGUUUGGAACUAGCAAGUAGCUGGGGCAUCAGCACCGACAUCCUUCGCCGACACCAAGUAUGCGAAUUUUACACAAACGGUUUUGAUCGACUUGCUGAAGAAGUUAUAAUGUCUAUCAAAGAUAAAACUCUGCUUGCGUCUCAGCUUCUAAUGAUUGUUGGACAGCGCUUGCAAAUCGCAGUGACUCAUUCUGAUGAUUUGGCUGAAAGAAUUUCGAUUUUAAGUCCAGCUUUGACAAAUUGGCUUGAAAAUGUGAAGGCUGGCGGUGCUUAUUGUGCCAGUUCCCUAGCUGACACAACGGAAUUAGUGGGAUUGGUUGCCCAGUUGCUACCCGAGGACCAUAGUGAGAGGAGGCUGGCUCUCAUGGUCCACGAUGCCUGCAAUACUAUUACUCAAAUAACACACGAUUUAUGAAUUUCAAAAUCUCUCUAGAUGUGUUGAAAAAUUUCUCUUCAAAGCACACCAAAAUGUAAUUCAGCAAAAUGAUUGUUAAGAGAAAUAUUAUCUAAAUGCAGCAGAAGCCUAUAUGAAAUGUUUUGAUUGCGUUUUUAAACAUGUUGUAGGUUUUGCCACAUGAAAGAAAAUAUAAAUAUGACAUAUGCCAACACUUCAUUAUGUAUAAAUCAUUUUGUAUCUGCCUUAAGAAACUUAAUAAACGAAUUAUUAUUUCUCCUCCUACAUAA